CUGGUAUCGUAUCUAAGCGUGAUAUGACCGUGCGUGCCAAGUGAUGAUAGAUAGGUACUUGGAUUCAAUAUCCUAGGUAAGAUCUUACAUCUUCCUACCUUUUACCAAUCUCAUGUGAAAACCGUUUCCAUAUACAUCUCAGUAUAAAACAAAAACUUCAUAUUCGGAUGUUUGAAUGGAUUUUACAAUGUUCUCGUCGUCUUAACUCCCCGGGCUACUUCAUCACACCCGGGUUUCAGUAUAAACAAUGCAAAGUGUUUGCCAUGACGUAGGUACCACGUAUCUGAACACCAAAUGCAAUGGUUUCUACCACUUCGGAACGAAAUACGUCAGGUAAAUAGGUCACUGGACUGGUAUUAUUUGUCAAGACUCUCCGCAUAUUUCACCGAAGAAACCGGUGCAAAAUAGAGCGAGUAUAAGAACCAUCAUAGGAAUAAAAUCAAUGAGUCAUUUCUACCUCUUGCCAUUUUCAAUUGUACAGUAUCAUUUCGUGUAAUAAGUAUCAUUUUUCUUUCUUCCCCUCCAACGAAACGCUACCUUCAAAAUGUCCCCAAAUAUGCAGAAACAACAUCCUCAAUCCCUUCAUGGAGAAAGCCACGAAAGAAAAUUCGGUGCUUUUCAGAAUGAAAUCUAUAGAGAUGGCAUGUUUGCUAAUACUUUCCCAACUGUGACCACCGAUCCCAACAAACUCGAGGAACAAGCACGCUCUAAGCUUGCAUCCACAUCAUACAACUAUGUAGCAGGAGGAGCCGGUGAAAGAGCCACUAUGGAUGCCAACAGACUCGCAUUUAGACAAUGGAAGAUGGUACCUCGAAUGUUGCGUCCCACUACCAAGCGAGAUCUCCGUGUCAAUCUCUUUGGCCAGGAAUAUGAUAGUCCCAUCCUGAUGGCUCCAGUUGGUGUUCAACAGAUCUUCCAUGAAGACAAGGAGACUGGUCUCUCGGAAGUUUGUGCGGAGAUUGGUGUACCUUAUAUUCUGAGCACUGCUUCGUCUUCAUCCAUCGAAGAAGUAGCCGAAUCUAACGGCCCCGAUGGCCACCGCUGGUAUCAACUUUACUGGCCUCAAGAUGACGAAAUCACCCUCUCCCUCCUCAAACGCGCGAAAGACUCCGGCUACAAAGUCCUCGUCGUAACCCUCGACACUUGGGCUUUAGCCUGGAGACCCGCUGAUCUUGAUGGAGGUUAUGUCCCUUUUAUGAAAGGUGUCGGUGACAAAACUGGAUUCACUGACCCUGUCUUCCGCCGAAAGUUCAAUGAAAAAUACAACGCCACUCCAGAGGAGAAGCUUUUUGAGGCUUCCCAAGAAUGGGUUGGUGAUGUCUUCUCCGGUGCUGCUCAUACCUGGGAUCAAAUCAAACUCUUGAAAGAUAAUUGGGAUGGUCCCAUUGUUCUAAAAGGCAUCCAACAUCCAGAUGACGCAUUGGAAGCUGUCAAAGCCGGUGUCGACGGCAUCAUUGUUAGCAACCACGGCGGUCGUCAACUCGACGGUGCUGUUGGCUCUCUAGAAAUGCUACCUGAGAUUGUCGAUGCUGUUGGUGACGAAUUGACAGUUUUGUUUGACAGUGGCAUCCGCACUGGUGUGGAUGUUAUUAAAGCCCUCAGUCUAGGUGCCAAGGCUGUUCUAAUAGGAAGACCUGCUAUCUAUGGAUUGGCAAUAGGUGGAAAACAGGGAGCCAAACAGGUCUUGCAAGGGAUUUUGGCGGAUGUGGAUCAAAGUAUGGGAUUGGCGGGUAUCCAAGAUAUCAAGGGAUGCAAUCGUUCGAUGAUUAGAAGGGUGCAGUAUGGAGGGGAUGUUAAGGCCAAUAAUUGAUUACUGGGUGUAGAAGAGAUUUAAUAGAAAACAAAUAGAGUCAUAAAAUUUAAAUUUAAUAGUGUGUAGG